ACACGGCUGGGUGUGCAGACCGACAAGCAUGGGCGCCAUGCUUACCCGUCCCGGCCACUACGAUCCCAGCAGCCGACCUCAGAGCAUCUAGCGGGGUACCGGUGUCGACGGAUUGGACAUAUUCGAUGUUGUGAAAUUAUUCGACGGUCCGCAGAGCCCUGGAAACACUGGACAUGGACGAGAUUGGCUGCAGACCCAACACAGCGUCACUCCGGCCGCCUGUGCUCCCACCCAUCUCACGCAACCAUCCCUAUCGCCAAUCAACGACGGAUUAGCCUGGUAUGGAAGAUGCAAAUCGCUCAGAAUCCUUUGAUCGUACCGCAGCAAAUCAAUUCACUGCGGUGGAGCAUGCUCCGUGUUGGCCACACCAAGAAUAUAUCGCGCAUGUCUCAACUCGCGUCUAUCAGUACAAGUCUCCGCCCUCCACUGCCGGGCAUGCGUAACUCGCUAACCCGCUCACGGCUGCGUGUAUUUUUGGCUCCGAAGUUACCUUUGGCGAGCCUCAGGCAUCUCGCGCUCGCUGUUAUCGCGAAUCCCCGCCCGCCGGUUGCGGUACCGGGGCCGCGAUUUGCCUUUUCUAGACUUUACCCGGCUUCCGACAACGGGGAAAGGCUUCGUCACUGUCCAUUGAAGACGCCGAAAACCACCAGCUACGCUUUGCCAUGCGCCAUGGGGUUGCACAACAGAUUGCGUGAUGUUCAGCGCCUGCAGAGCCACAUGGUUGAUGGUCAGCUAGCUGGAGGCCGCUCACGCAAUGCUGCCCGAUGGAGAUGUGGUUGGUUGGCUGAUCUCGUCGAGACAUCCCCGAGCAGCGCGCGCGAGCACUUGAAAUCAUGUGAAACGGGCUAAACCUGGUCUCAUAAAAUGCAUACGAUGAACAGCGCGCCGUGAUCUCGGCGACUCGGUGCGGACAGAAAGCUCUGAAACAGGCUGAGAUGCGGCACGAACC